GUCCCAAGUAGCUCCCACUUUUGUGGGACCCCCGAGCCUGGUCACAUUUCCCCCAGGCACUCCCUCCUAAUUUGCAGGAGGAAGAUGCUCCCAGACAUAGACAGCUGCAGCGAAGAGCUUCGUCAUGGUCAAGGGGGCAGCACGGCUGCUGUCUGUGGAGGAGCCCCCCCCGGCCGAGCCCCCCCCGGCUGAGCCCCUCGGCCAGGCCCCGGGACAGCAGGAGCAGCACCUGCACCUCAUGAUGCAGCUGCUGCGCCCCCAGGACGCCAUUCGGCUGGCAGUGCGGCUGGAGUCGGCGCGGCCGCGGCGGGUGCGGUACCUGCUGGUGGUGCGGUCGGAGGAGGCGGGAGCCGAGGCGGAGACAGCGCUGCUGGGAGUGGAUUUCGCCCACGAGGGGGCCACCCUCUGCACCCUGGGCAUGGUGCUGCCCCUCUGGAGCGAUACCCAGGUGUUCCUCGACGGCGACGGGGGUUUCAGCGUGACAUCAGGGGGAGAGACACGCAUCUUCAAGCCCAUCUCUGUGCAGACCAUGUGGGCCGUGCUGCAGGAGCUGCACCGCGCCUGCGAGGAUGCGGCCCGCGGUGGGCACAUCCCCGGCGGCCCCGCGCUGGCCUGGGCCCGAGACUACGCAGCGGCGCUGAGCUCGGAGCAGAGCUGCCUCAACGAGUGGCUGGCCAUGGCCGACCUCGAGUCCGUGCGCCCCGCCUCGCCCACGCCCCUCCGGCCAGCGAUGCCGGAGCUGUCGGAGCAGGCGGUGCGGGCGCUGCUGCGGGAGGUGAUGGCCGCGGCCGACCUGGAGAACGUCACGUCCAAGGAGGUGCGGGAGGAGCUGGAGCGGCGCACAGGGCACAGCCUGGCCGAGCACAAGGAUUUCAUUGACAACGAGAUGCUGCUGGUGCUGGCACAGAUGGAUCGGCCUUCUCGCGUCUUCCCGCACCUCUUCCUGGGCUCCGAGUGGAACGCAGCCAACCUGGAGGAGCUGCAGCAGAACAGGGUCACCCACAUCCUGAAUGUGGCGCGGGAGAUCGACAACUUCUUCCCGGCGCUGUUCACGUACAUGAACGUGCGGGUGUACGACGAGGAGGCGGCCGAGCUCCUGCCCCACUGGAACAACACCUUCCUCUUCCUCUCCCGUGUCCGGGCGGCAGGAGGCCGAGCACUGGUGCACUGCCGGAUGGGGCUGAGCCGCUCGGCCGCCACGGUGCUGGCCUAUGCCAUGAAGGAGUUCGGGUGGCCCCUGGAGCGGGCACUGCGGCACGUCCAGCACUGCCGGCCCGGAGUCCUGCCCAACCCGGGCUUCAUGCGCCAGCUCGACUUCUACCAGGGCAUCCUGAGUGCCAGCCGCUACAGCAGCCUGUGGGAGCCCCGGGAAGCCGAGCAGGCACCGCACCCCAAGGAAGACACCACGAGGGACACAAGUGGCCUGUCCCCUCUGGCCUCCCCGCUGGCGUCCCCGCAGCCCUCUGAGGAGGAGGCAGCUGGUGGGGGGCUGCUGGGGGCCUCCCGGCGUCCCCGCAUCUCCCUGUGCUCUGUCAUGCGGAGCAUCAGCCUGCUGGAGACCCCCGAGCUGCCGGGAGAGCCCCUGGCCGGGGAGUCCCCUCUCAGGUGUUUGAGGCCACGGAGGAAGCAGGGGGUCCCUCCCCGAGGUCACGACCCUCGUCCCGCCCGCGCGGGGUGGUGCGCCAGGCCAGCCUGGAUGGUGGCCCCGCCCCGUUUUGUGACCACGCCCGUGGUGAUGACCACACCCGGUGCCACUCCCAUGCACCUGGCCACUCCCACACUGAUGAACCCACUCUUUAAUUGUGGGGGCAUGGGACAGCGCCUCUUCGCUGCCAUAGCAACAAGGGGAGGGGCGUGGCGGACGCCGGGGGCGUGGCCAACAGGCCGGCACGUCCCGCCCACGUCCCGCCCUCACCCGGGGGUUGAGAGGUGCCUCUGCCUCAGCCCCACACGCACAAACACCGACACCGCUCCUGCACUGACAAUAAAGUGUGGAAAUGGCAUCCCCCGAUGGCUUUGUAAUCCUGAGCAUCUGGAGGGUAGGGUAAUGUCAGUAGGGACCAGAGUAAACGCUUUGGGGUCACCGGGCGGGCACAGGGACCCAGCGGCGCCAUGUUCUGCGGCAUGGAGGAAACCACAACUCCCGGCGGCCUUUGCGCGAGAUCAACUUCCGGGCUGCCAUGGCAACCGUCGUGGCCUAGGCCUGGACUGGCGCCUAGCCUGGGAUCAGGGCUCUGGAAUUGGUGCUGGAAGCGGGACCGGGGCAGUCCCGAGGCCCGGCAGCGGAGGACUGCAGCACACAGCUCGCUGUGGCCGUGGCAGAGGGGAAAGCCGGGUGCUCCCCCCGCCACCCCGUGAAAUGGUGUCAACCCCCUCCCACUAUGGCGUCCCUUCAUGUUAUGUCACCCCUGACGCACAGGACACCUUCCACUAGCCCAAGUUGCGUCAAGCCCCGUCCAACCAGACCUUGGACAUUUCCAAGGAUGGAGAAGCUGCAGCUUCUCUGGGCAAUCUGUGCCAGGGCCUCACCACCCUCACAGGGAGGAAUUUCUUCCCAAAAUCCCACCUAAACCCAUCCACCCAGUGAAGGAGAUUCCUGGCUGGAACUGCCCCUGAGGCUUCUGCUGUCCAUCUCCUUGGGUUGUUCCUGCGGCUGAAGCCAUUCCAGACACUUUCCCCUUCCCCAGGAUACCCACCAGGUUGGGACUGACCCUCUGUCAAGGAAGGAGGAUGGGACUCUCCCUCCUUCUUCCCACCAGGAGGACACAGCCCUGGGUUGGCUGGGUGCAUGGUGUUCAUUUCUUGGGAGUCCACCUAAACACCUCCAUCCUGUGCCCAGCAGAGGAAUUAUGUUCCUGUAGAGAUAUCUAAGGGACUGCAGCUCCAACAGCGGGACCAGAUCCAGAUGGAUAACACAAUCCAGAGGGUCAGGAACCUGCAGUGCAAGUUGGAUGCGAGUUGUGAAUGGCGCCCCACCCAUCCCACCCUAUCCUACAUUAUUCCAAGUUACUGCUGCCUCCGACGCUCCAUUACAGCUUUGGGAUAGAAACAAUUUAUUUAUUGAUAAAGCAACAGAAAGAGCUGGUGAAUUAAGAUAUUGAUAACCUGA